CAAGCGGGAUCCACCAGACUCGGAGGAGAGAUGAGAGCAGCCGUCUAGGAGGGUGUGGCCAUGGGUUCUCCAUCUUGGCCGACCCAGUGAGACAGGGAGAACGACAACAGAGACAUAUUAUGUAUGUGAGAGUCCGCCCACACCUCCCGGACCACCCACACACACCUACUCAUACCUACUGGCACACCCCCGACUCGCCUUAUUAACCCUCAUCUCCCUCCUUUCCCAUCUCGUGUUCUAUUCCUUCCUACCUUCCUUGAAUCCGGCCAUUUGCCAACAAGUCACUCUUUAACAUAACGCUCUCUAAAACGCAAGACUCCCAACAGUCUUCCCUCACCCUCUUUUCAAGGCAAAUCAGCAGUAUUCAGGGAAUACUCUAAACCGAUUCAUACUCCCAAUCCGUCAAUAUGAAGGUCUCCUCCUCCGUCAUCAUCCUGGGCGCCGCCCUCGGCGUCUCUGCCCACCCCAGUGGCCAUGCCCACCAGAACGCCCACAAGCGCGGCAACUUCGUCGUCGCCAACAAGCCCACUACCACUGCUGUCUCUACUACCGCCGCGGCCGCUGCCGCCUCAUCCACCGCCACCGAGGAUGACAGCUCCAGCAGCGAAUACGUCGAGUUCUGCAGCGGCAGCACCGCCAAGCGUGCUACCCUCGCGGAGAUCGCCUACAAGGGCAACACCGGUACCGAAGACGACUACGGUUGCAACAUGAUGACCGUCAAGGAGAGCAUCGCCUCCCUGUACAAGUACACCGCCACCUUCAACAACGACGUCGCCAAGGACCAGGCUUGUGUCUGCUUCAACAAGAUCGGUGAAGAUGGUGGCAUCAACGGUUUCUGGAGCGGUAACGAGGCCAUCUCCUUCACCCUCCCCGCUAGCGGCACCAAGGUCGUCGCUUUCGAGGCCAACUCCCAGGGUGGCUGCGCUUGCAGUGUCGGUACCGCUGUUGAGCUCACCGACGCUGGUCAGUUCGCUAGCACCUGGCUCGAGUUCGACUUCGGUAACACCUCCAACGACGACUGGUCCGGUGCUGAUGCCUCUUGCCUGGUCUCUGCCGCCAACUCCAAGUACAUCCCCGCCCUCAAGGUCUGCGGCUCCGGCACCUGCUCCACCAUCUACUCCGGUGGCAAGGGCGAGAACGCCUACCUCGGCGGCAUGGAGGCUGAGGAUGGUGUCGGCCUGAACCUCGCCGCUGGCAAGGUCCGCCUCACCCUCACCGUCGGCGAGUAAGCUCGUCUUGAUGACAUAAAAUGGCUCCUUAUGCGCGGAGCAAUCCGAGCUUAUUUGAAUAGAUUUGGCGGUUGUUUUCUAUACCUGGUGUUCUUUGGUGCGUGGAUACACAACACAAUACAACUGGGGUGAUGGGUUUCUCCAGAUGAGAAGCCGUAAGGCCACCUUGGAUACUGGUUCGGGAUCUCUUGUUUUUUACCAUUACAUAUACAUAGUACUAUGAUAUAUUGCUUUCAAUUUGAUGGACUCCUAAAACCAAUUCUCCACAACCAAUUGCUCGUGCAUGCAUUUGACGAGCUGACAUUUGCGUGAACCAAGU